AUGGAAUUGAAUGAAGUUGUGGCUGAUGUAAGACAUAGGUAUUCUACAGAAAUUACUGGGUGUAGGGCUGUUAAGGCUAGGAAGCUAGCUAGAAAGGUUGUUGAAGGAGACUCAGCCAAGCAAUACAAUAUGCUUUGGUCUUAUGGAGCUGAAUUGAGGAGGGCAUCAAUAGGAAAUACAUUUAAGAUGAACAUUUCUAGAACACCUCCAAGGUUUGAAAGAUGCUACAUGUGUUUUGAUGGAACUAAGAAAGCAUUGAAGGUUGGAUGCAGACCAUUCAUAAGGUUAGAUGGCUAUCACCUCAAAAACAAAUAUGAUGGAAUCUUGCUGAUUGAUGUUAGUAGGGAUGCAAAUGACCAAUACCUUCCUCUUGCUUUUGGGGUUGUGGAUACUGAAACUAGAGACUCUUGGAGUUGGUUUGUUAAGUUAUUUCCUGAUGAUAUUGGUCAUGAAAACAGGUGGUGCUUUAUGUCUGACCAGCAAAAGGGACUUGUGAAUGUAUUUAAGGAAGAAUAUCCUGAGUUUGAACACAGGUUUUGCCUGAGGCAUUUAUAUGCUAACUUUAAGAAGAAGUAUGGAGGUGGUACACUAUACAGAGAUCUCAUUAUGGCUGCAGCAAAGGCCACCUAUUUGGAAUCACAUGAGGAGAAAAUGAAUCAGAUUAAGGAGGUUAGUUUAGAUGCUUAUGAUUGGUUAAAUGCUAUACCCAAACAUAAAUGGUGUAAGCAUGCAUUUCCAUUGUACUCUAAGUGUGAUGUUCUGAUGAACAACCUUAGUGAAUCCUUUAAUGCAACAAUUUUAAUGCAAAGGGAUAAACCUAUUAUCGCCAUGUUUGAAUGUAUUAAGAACUAUCUCAUGGGCAGGUUUGCCACUCUUAAGGAAAAAGUAGAAAAUUACAAGGGAGAGAUCAUGUCAAAACCCCUUAGGAGGUUAGAUAGGGAGAUAGAAAAAUGUGCAAAUUGGUUGCCAACCUAUGCUGGUAGAUUAACCUUUCAGGUCACACAUGUUAUGUUCACAUAUAGUUUUGUUGUAGACUUAGCAAAAAAGACUUGUUCUUGUAAAUUUUGGGACUUGGUUGGUAUCCCUUGUAGACAUGCAGUUGCAACCAUACAUAGGAAAGUUGAUGAUCCCAUUAAGUAUGUCCACAAAUGUUAUCAUAGGAAUAAUUAUUUGGCAUGCUACAAUGAAUUUAUCACCCCUCUUAAUGGCCAAAAUAAAUGGCCAAGGACUACUGACCCAGACAUAUUACCACCUAGUUUUAAGAGAGGUCCAAGUAGACCCAAGAAACUAAGAAUAAGAGAUCCAUAUGAGGCUUCUCAAAACAAGUGGAAAAGGACAAAUACAAGUCAUAGGUGCAAGACUUGCUUUGAAUAUGGGCACAACAAAAGGACCCGUAAGAAAAAUAAACAACUAGCAAGUGUUGAAGGAGAAGUGCCAAGAACUGCUGCAGCCACCCAAGAUCCUAAUGAGUUUGAAGCAUUGUUAAAUGAUGAUGGAAUCCUGGAUAUUCAACCACUGAGUGUUGAUACAAGUCCUGUGAAAUUAAAUAGUUCUGGUCCUAAAACUUUUGCAACUACUGUUAUUGAGCUCCUCAUUUUGUAUUUUGCAACUUAA